UUUCAACAACCAUUCACUUCAUACUUCAUACCUUGUCAUUUCUUCUCUAUCUUUCUAUCUCCAAUCCCUGCAACUACCCUCCCUCCCCCCCUUUUCCUUCUACACCAUUGAUCACCACACCCAAUCUGAAGAAUCCCCAAGGAUUUUUCACCUGAAUCUAUUUUACUUCAAACCCUUUUUUUUCUCUCUCUCUCUCUUUUCUAGGAUAUAUCUCCCAAUUAACACCUCUCUUCAACUUCAUAGAUAUAUAAAGGAAAGACCUAAUACUUAUUGUUGAACCACAAACAGUGGGAAAGAGUAGGAGGAGUGACUAGGAGUGUGGAAGUGAUUGUUUGGGCGUUAAGAAAGAAAAGAUGGAGCUAUUCCCAGAUUUAUCCUUGCAGAUCAGCCCUCCAAACCCCAAACCUACAUCCUCAUGUAGGACAAGGGAGGAAGACAUGGAUUUGGGAUUCUGGAAGAGACCUCUGGACUCAAGGAACUCCAUAUCUUCAAUGGCUAAACCUGAUAACUGCAUCGACCUAUCUUUGUCCAAUCCUAGGAUUUCAGAGUCCAACUCCAACCACCUUCAACUCCUCCACAACGGCACCGCCAAUUGCAAUGGUAACCUUUUCCACGCCUAUAACCAAAACCACUUCCCCUACCAUCACAAGCAUCUCCAACAUCCCCUACUGUAUCAGCACCAGCAGCAGCGGCAACAACAACAACAACAAGAGCUGGGGCAAGAGCUUGGCUUCUUGCGACCCAUAAGGGGAAUUCCCGUCUACCAAAACCCUCCUCCUCCGCCUUUUCCAUUUGCUCAACAACCUUUGGAUUCAUCUUUAGCUUCCUCUCCUUCUUCUUUGGCUAGUAAUACUAUUAAUGCCAGCAGCACAAGCUUGAGCCACUUUCAGUCUCAAGGGUUGAUGAGAUCGAGAUUCAUGUCAAGGUUUCCAGCCAAACGAAGCAUGAGAGCUCCAAGGAUGCGGUGGACGACUACACUCCAUGCUCGCUUUGUUCAUGCUGUUGAGUUAUUGGGUGGUCACGAAAGAGCUACACCCAAGUCAGUUCUUGAGCUAAUGGAUGUCAAAGAUCUUACCUUAGCACAUGUUAAAUCCCAUCUACAGAUGUAUCGAACUGUGAAGACCACAGACAGAGCAGCUGCAUCUUCUGGACAAUCAGAUGCAUUUGAGAAUGGAUCAUCUGGGGAUACUUCUGAAGAUUUGAUGAUGGACAUUCAAAACCCAAGGAGAUCUGAGGUGUCAGUUCAGCAGGGAAGAUCAUCAUCAUCAUCAAAUGCCUAUCAAGACAAGGAGUACCAUGGCCUUUGGAGCAAUUCAUCAAGGGAAGCUUGGUUGCAUGGGAAACCCAAGGACUCUGCUGGAAACGUACCAUCUCUCCAGAAGGAUAUGGAUCCAAAGUGCUUAAGCCAUGAGAGAGUAUCAGAUGGAAGCUCAUCAAGCCUAUCAGGGACAAGCCCUAAGAAGCCUAAUUUGGAAUUUACCUUGGGGAGGGAAGUGAAGUAGCUGGUGAAAGAGAAUCAGGUACCCUUUCAGAAAAAAUUAUAUAUUCAGAGGAAAAGAAAAAGAAAGCUAAAGAAAGUGAAGGAGACAAGAAAGACAGAAAGCGACAAAGGAAGAGAAUGGGAGUGGUUAAAAAAAAUUAACCCCAAAAACCAAAAGCAAACAAAAGAAAGAAAAAAAGCACACGUCCUUCCUAUCAAGCUGCUGCUGCAACUGUGCCUGUCUGUGACUGUGAGAGAUCCAAAUCAUCAACACAUUAUGUUACUAAGUAAAUAUAAUCAAUCUAAUUGAUUUUGUAUGUUUAGCACUUUGAGACAGAGGGAGGAUGAUCAUGAUGAUGAAGAAAAGGAAAUUGAGAGAAAAGUGAGUGAGUGAGUGAGUGAGUGACCCUUUAACUAUCUUUUGAAGCUAUGAAGUGAUCCUUGGUAAUUGUAAUGGAGCACUUUACAUUCUAUAAAAUAUUUUUUUUAGAUUUUUUUUUUUUGAGUAAA